AUGACAAGUAUGGCUGAUCCAAUUCUUUUGCAGUCGCCGCGGGACGUGGUGCCUAAAAAGCAUGGCCACAUACCUCAUUUUCCGGCUUCAUCUCUGUCUGGCGGAUCUUCUCCAUUCAAGGGAGAGCUGGCGCUGGCACAGAGAGCGGUGCCGCAGAAAUCCGCUUUAGUCCACCAGGUUUCAUCAUCCACUAUUUCUCACAAGCGGAAAAAUGAAGUAGAGAUCCAUCAAAUCUCUGACGCAUAUGCGUUGCGCUCUGUUCCCCCCAAUUCGGGUGUUCUCCAGCCGUCACCCCUUCUCGCUGGAUCGGAUGAUCCAAACCAUCCUGAAUCGGCGCGGCCUGUCUCUGUGUCAAAAGCUCAUUCGUUGAGAACGAGUCGCGACAAAUCACCUGUGGCGGCGCACCUUCCCAAGCGAAGAAGCACCGAUAGAUCAGAUGUCGCAUCCUUUUCUUCUCAAAAUGGAAGUGCCGAUCGAAAGAGGAUGGCCUAUUCACCAAGGACUCCGAGUCCCGCUAAUCUCCUCCCAACGAAUUCGGUCAGUGUGGUGAUCCCAUCACCUUCGUCUCAGCAGCGGAAAUAUGUCAAGCCUUCGCUGAAAGCAGAAUUUGUUGGGUUCUGCGAGGUUCGCUUCCCAAUAGAUGCGGAGAAAAAAGAAAAAGCUGCCCGGCGCGCGUAUCCCAGUGCAAAGCGCAUAGAGAGCAGAGGGAUUCCCUUCUCGACGCGAAGUUCAGCACCGAGAGCCCAGUCUACCUUCUCGUCAAAAUCCAAACCCACUCAGCCCCAGCCUCCGUCACCUACCUCAGAUGGUCUCCGUAAGAAAUUCCGAUCGAAAUUGAAGCGUAUUAAGGGUCCCGCCAUUACUUUCGAUGUGAACGAUGAAACCCUCGCUGCGCUCUCGGCCAACUUUAGUUUUGUCAACGACUACAAAUUCCAGGAAGGGGUUCAUGUCCCUUCAGAUGAAUUCAUCGCCGGUUGUGGGUGUGAGGGCGCGUGUGAUGCGGCCAAGUGCCAGUGUUUGAUCGAAGACGAGAACUCCGGCCAAUUAAUGGUGGCCUAUCAUAAAUCUCCCAUUUCACACCAGACUGUCCUCCGGCCUGAAUUCUUACGACGUAAGGCCAUGAUUUCCGAAUGCAACUUCCGAUGUAGCUGCGCCGGCAAGUGCUGGAACUCUGUGACCCAGCGUGGCCGGAAGAUUCGUCUAGAAAUCUUUGAUACGGGGGCUCGGGGGCUCGGACUGCGGUCUCCCGACCCGAUUGCGACUGGACAGUUUAUCGAUCACUACCUCGGCGAGGUACUUCCCUUCAAGGAUUCUGAGUCUCGCGAGAGUGCGGACGAGACUGGUCAUUCCUAUCUUUUUGCCCUGGACUGGAUGGGCGGAGAUGACGGCGGCGAUGAUGAUGACGAGGAGCUCUACAUCGUUGACGGACAGAAAUUUGGCACCGCAACUCGGUUUAUGAAUCACUCCUGCAACCCAAACUGUAAGAUCAUUCCCGUGACGACACCGAGCUUUCCUAGUCCACGUCUUUACUACCUGGCAUUCUUUGCGACGCGUGAUAUUCCGGCUGGUACGGAGCUUACGUUCGACUAUCAUCCGACCUGGGAUGGAUCUAGGAAAGUGGACCCGAACGCCGUGAAAUGCCUUUGUGGCGAAAAUAAUUGUCGCGGCCAGCUCUGGCCGAAUACGCGCAAGUAG